UUUGGGAAUCAUCAAUCAGAUCAUCAUCUCCGACUUCAUCCAUCAACAAUCCUAAUUUGGCCCAUUGACUUCAAAUCUCGUUUCUGUGAUUAGACCCUCACCCAGCCUUUCCCACCAUGGCAGGUGAGGAAGACUCCAACCGCAACAAGAACCCUCCUCCUCCUCCUCCUCCUCCUCCUCCUUCCUCCUCGCCGCCUAACCGUCCAUUCCCCGAUGACGGGAAACCUUUCGAUGCCUUUCGUCGAUUCGCUGACGGACAGAUUUCCUCCAUGUUGCAGUCUGUGAUGGGUAUUCCUUCUCUCGUUUCUCCCCCAAGAACCGAUCACUGGCCCAUCUUCACGGAAGAACAAAAUUACCAAGACGCCCAACAACGCCACCGGCAGGAACAAAGCAACGAUUUGAAAGAACGCAGCGAUUCUUCAUCAAAUCCCGAGUCCCAGGGACCUACGAGGCCGGGCAACUAUUCCGCGGAUUCCUCGCGAGCGCGCUGGUCCGAAUUCGAAACCCCCGCACCCACACGUGGCCGCCCCUCCGACAUGUUCGAUAUUGAUAUGUUUUUCGACUCAUUUUUCGACCGUUUCUGGUUCGAUGAUUACGUUUCCUCUCGCUUCUUCCAUCCCUAUGCCCGUCCUCCUUUCUCGAACGUACUCAGCGCCAAUUCCGCCGCCUGGCCGGUUCCAUACCUCAUGUUUAGUCCUUACUCGCCUCUCCACCUGGAACGCCAGGCACAUUACCAUUCCCAUCGCGACCGUGGAGUUUUCUCGUCUCUUAUGACCUCGUUAAGUCUUUCGUCUGAAUGUGACCCCGAGGAGCCGCAGUGGCGGGAAGCCUUUGAAGAUCUUUUGCGACUGGAGAACGGGAAACCCAUGCUGGACCGCGAGCCGGGGGUAACCACCAAGCCAGAAUCUGGGAAGGAAUGGUUACAUUCUUUGGUAAAACGAGGCAGUUUGGGUGAUCAUUGGAGAUACGUUGCGGGGACUGAGGCGCAGCCUUGGUCGACCAUCACAUUCGAGCGCCCGGAGCGUGUCCAAGACCGCCCCUACCAACCCCAAGGAGAGGACUUGCGUGCUAGUGCAAAGACGGAAGUUCUUGCGGAUGAGGCAGAAUCGGAACCGCUUACAGAACUGGAUUUGUACGAACGCUUCCUCUCAGAUAUCGAAGCUCGCGAGAGAGAUUUCUUCCACGGAACACACGAAAGCCCUAUGUUACGUCUCCUCUUACACGACCGACGCAGAUGCCAAGAUGAAAGAGAACAUGACGACGAUACCGAGAACUGGCUGGAGCUUGUCUCCGGCGGAAACAAAAGCUCAGUCCCCGAUUUCGUCCAGGAAUCAUCCUCAGAAGCUCCAGCAGCAACCCCGACACCGGAAGAUUCAUACGUAGUCUCUACGCAGAUAUCCACAGAGCGAGUCCGUCUUCCAGAUGGUUCUAUCCAGACAAAAACGGUGAAUACAAAGCGUUUUGCAGAUGGUCGGGAGGAAACCAAUGAGUCCACUGAAGUGGUCAACCCGCCUCGACGUGACCAAACCUCUCCCGACAAACAGGAGACCAUGGCCACAGAACAGAAGAAGAACGGUUGGUUCUGGAAGGAGUAAGAGUAAAUAUAUCUUCUCCCGAUUUAUGACUAUAUCAUGCUUUCUAAAUGUCCCUUCUCUCCCUUUUUGGCUCUCCUAUGUCCUGUGAAUUUAGCGUUGUUUUGCGAGUGCUUCCUCUUAAGGUCUUUUUUUUUUUUUUUUUUUUUUUU